UAUGGAGGGCCAAAGGUAAAAGAAGGUAUAAACAUACAACGGCGUCGUUUUGUUAUAGAUAGUCGGCCGGGAAACGCAUCAAAUUUCGAUAAUAAAAGAAAAAAGUCAAGGUGUAGUGUAUGAUGAGCAACCAAGUGGAAUCUCCAAUGGAGGUAUCUAAUCACACUGAAAACGAAUUGGAAAAAAAACCUCAAAAAAUUUACCGUUGCAAGAAGUGUCGCAGGAUGGUUGCAACAGAGGAUCAUUUAGUUCCUCAUGAGCAUGGAGAAGGCAAAAAAUGCUUUAGAUGGAGGAAGAAAGCAGGUGAUGUUUCAAAUGAGGAUGAGCCACCUGAGUGUUUAUCUAUAUUUGUGCAGCCUAUGAAAUGGAUGCAAGCAGCAGUUGAAGAAGGUGCUGUGGAGGAGAAGCUUCAGUGCAUUGGGUGCAACACUCGUUUGGGUUCAUUUAAUUGGGCUGGUAUGCAAUGCAACUGUGGGGUAUGGGUAAAUCCAGCAUUUCGGCUGCACAAGAGUCGUAUAGACGAAUGUCGGUUUUGAGAUUUCACACUUGGCACCAGUUUCGUGUUAGAAGAUCCAAAUAAUGGAUUAGCCAACUCUUUAAACUAAAAGAAGUUUGCAAUUUUCUAGGAACACUCGGAAAUAUCUCAUUUCUUAUCCAAGUUGCCUGACAUUUAAGAUAAUUAACAUUGUGUCCAUAUUGAGUUUUUUUCCCUUCCUUUCACUAGCUUUUAUAUCAUUUAAACAGUUAUUUCGAUUAUGUAAAAAAGUAUAUGAUUUUAAAGUAUGUUAAGACUG